AUGUUAACCACUGAAAAGGCUCAUCUUUGGUCAGGAGAAAUUUCACAAAGCAGAUCUGAAGGAAAUUUGGUUGAUAUGGAAGCCCCAACAUUCUUAAAAAAUUGCAAUGUAUCAGAUGCUUUCGUACGCCAUGACAAAAACAGUUCCAAAGCUACAAAUCCAUUUUGGAGCGGAUUGUCUGCUUCUAACCCUUUUUUGGAUGACAUCACUCAGCAAAGAAGCAACAAAAAGAGAAAUAAUGUGUCAAUCUUAAAGGAAGAUCCUUAUCUAUUUUUUAGAGAUACAGAAAGUGGAAAUUCUUUUGAUUCUUCCGGUGAUGAACUUGAUAUGCAUCAACUACUAAGGCAGCCUUCCUCAAGAAAAUCUGGAAAAUCAAAAAGUGUCUCAGAAUUUUUGGAUAUUUUAGAUGACACAGCAUAUGCUCUGCAAAAUAUCCAUAUUUCUGACCAGAUACUUGAACAAGAUUUAGAGUGGCUCCAAAAUGAUCGAACAGCUUAUAAAAUGGCUUGGUUAAGUCAACGCCAGCUGGCCCGCUCUUGCUUAGACUUGAAUACAAUCAAUCAGAGUCCUGGUUGGGCACAAACACAAGUUGCAGAGACAAUGACAGUUUGUAAAUUAAACCAUCUAGGGGGGUCAGUACAAUUACCUGAAUCAGAUAUUACUGUUCAUAUGCCACAAGGUCAUGUAGCUGAGGGAGAAUUCCAGGAGGUAUCUCUAAGGGCUUAUCUUAAUCCUCCAUCAAUGUUUAACCAUGAUCUUUCAUGCACCGUUAGCCCACUUUUGAAAAUCAUGCUGAGCAACCUUAACACAAUGGAAGCUCUUUUACUGGAAAUGAAAAUCGGGGCUGAAGUGAGAAAGGAUCCUUUCAGUCAAGUCAUGACAGAAGUGGUGUGUUUAUACAGCUUGGAUAAAGAAGGACCUUUCACAGUGUUAAAUAAUUGCUACCUUUAUAAAGAUACCAUCCAAGUAAAGCUCAAAGAUUUAUAUCAGGUGAUGUUUCUAGUGAUUGCUGUACAAGUGAAAGCUACUCAAACACCACGUGCAAGCAUUUGGAAUUUUAUUCACAAAACCACUUCAGUUGGAAUUUAUGGACCCAAAUAUAUACAUCCCAGUUUUACUGCUGUUUUCACAAUUUGUGCACAUAGUUACAUGCCUGGAAAGAUUACGAUCUUUGACGUUCAGAAGGGUAGAAAAAACACAUCUCCAGUUGUGUUUCAUCUUUGGGGAAAACAUUCCUUCUUGCUUGAGAAGCCGCAAGAUUUAACUCUUUCUCUUUUCUCUUGUGAUCCUGAUUUUGAAGUCAAUACAGAAGAAAAGAAAGAAAUUAAACAAAAUCAGUUACAGGCAGGCCAAGUAGUUCAUCAACAGUUUUUAUUUUCCUUAGUUGACUCCAGAGAAAUACACUUCUUUGUGUUUAAAGUUCAAGUGGAUUCCCCUAGUGGUAGGCCAGCAGCAGAGUUUUUUGUCACUACCCCUGAUCCAGCCCCAAAUUUAAAAAGGCUCUCUAGUCCACUAAAGGCUCUGCAAAAAAGGGAAGUUAAGUCAACUCCUUUGUUGCCCAUUGUGCAUAUGAAAUAUCCCACAUUUCAAGACAAAAUAUUGAAUUUCACCCAUUGUGCAGUCACUCUGAAGACAGUAUUAAGACAAAGCAAGAUAGACUAUCUACUUGAGUAUUUCAAAGGGGACACGGUGGCUCUUCUUGGAGAAGAAAAGGUAAAAGCCAUUGGACAGUCCAAAGUGAAAGAAUGGUAUGUGGGAGUAUUGAGGGGUAAGAUUGGACUAGUACAUUGCAAAAAUGUCAAGAUAAUUACCAAAAAACAAGUAAUCUCUAUGUCACAUAAUAUCUUCACAACCAGGAAUCUCCUUGAACAAAUUGCCUUGCCCUUUAAAAAACUGACUUAUGUCUACUCAGUUAUAUUGACCUUGGUGUCAGAAAAAGUAUCUGAUUGGAAAGUUUUAGCUGAUGUGCUGGGAUAUUCACAUCUGGCCCUGGAAGAUUUUAAUCAAAUACAAGAAGACAAACAAUCAGAAAAAGUGUCUCAUGUUGUCAAAAUGUUAAAAGAAGAUUGCCAUGCAGAUAGAAAUACCAGGAAGUUUCUUUAUGAACUUACUGUGGCUCUGCUAAAGAUGGAUUGUCAGGGAGUAGUAACACAUAUCGUCCAAGAGGCUGUUAUUCUAACUUCAGCUGUCAAGCUUGGAAAAGGCUGGAGAGAACUGGCAGGAAAGUUAGCCAAACUCACAAAGCAACAAGUGGAGGCAUAUGAAAUUCCACAUCGAGGAAAGACUGGAGUUGUUGCUGAUGAGAUGAUGUGGAAACCUGCCUAUGAUUUCCUCUAUACUUGGAGCACUCAUUACGAAAAUAGCUACAGAGAGAUGCUACAAGACCUUCAAUCAACUUUGGACAGAAUGAAAAACCCUGUGACUAAACAAUGGCGAGAAUUAACUGGAGCCUUAAUACUUGUCAAUUCUUUCGAAGUUUUGAGAGCAAGUGCAUUCUCCUUUUCUGAGGAAAAAUAA